AUGCCGGCAAUAGUAUCUCUAAACAAGGUGUUUGAAAGAGUUGGGGGAAACCAGAGAUACGGCAUUGAGGAGGACGAUGAAGAUGGAACGAUGGAGAUGGAGCAGAUUGGGGCUGAGACGACAAAAAACGUCCUCAUUCUCAUGAGCGAUACGGGUGGGGGCCACCGCGCUUCGGCCGAGGCCAUUCGGGACGCAUUCCAGCUCGAAUAUGGAGAUCAAUACAGAAUAAUUGUGAAAGAUGUGUGGAAGGAGUACACGGGUUGGCCGUUGAAUGACAUGGAGGGACAGUACAAAUUCAUGGUUAAGCACGUCCAGCUUUGGAAAGUUGCGUUUCACGGCACAUCCCCUAAAUGGAUACACUCUCUCUAUCUUGCUGCAAUUGCCGCCUUUUAUGCAAAGGAGGUGGAGGCAGGUCUAAUGGAGUACAAACCGGAUAUCAUAAUCAGCGUCCACCCGCUCAUGCAGCACAUCCCAUUGUGGGUCCUCAAAUGGCAAGGCCUUCAGAAGAAGGUCAUUUUCGUCACAGUCAUCACCGACCUCAAUACUUGCCACCGCACAUGGUUUCAUCCAUCUGUGAACCGAUUGUACUGUCCCUCGGAGGAGGUUGCAAAGAGGGCUUUGCUAGACGGUGUUGAGGACUCUCAAAUUCGUAUCUUUGGCCUCCCCAUACGCCCAUCCUUCUGCCGUGCAGUAUUAGUCAAGGAUGAUUUAAGGUUAGAACUUGAGAUGGAUCCACAAUUGCCGGCUGUCCUACUAAUGGGAGGAGGAGAAGGAAUGGGACCCGUGAAGAAAACGGCAAAGGCUCUCGGAGAGUCCCUGUUUGAUAAGGAGCUCGACAAGCCCAUCGGUCAACUCGUCAUUAUCUGUGGUCGCAAUCAGUCCUUAGCCACCACAUUACAGUCUCUCGAUUGGAAAAUACCAGUCAAGAUAAGGGGAUUUGAGAAGCAGAUGGAGAAAUGGAUGGGUGCUUGUGAUUGCAUCAUUACCAAAGCGGGACCGGGUACGAUUGCUGAGGCAUUAAUAAGAGGCCUUCCGAUUAUUCUCAACGAUUACAUUCCUGGCCAAGAAAAAGGGAAUGUUCCGUAUGUUGUGGAGAAUGGGGCGGGUGUUUUCACGAGAAGCCCGAAGGAGACAGCAAGAAUUGUGGCCGAGUGGUUUAGUAGCAAGACAGACGAACGCAAGAGAAUGUCCGAGAAUGCUCUCAAGCUUGCACAACCGAAUGCGGUUUUCGACAUUGUUAAGGACAUUCACGAGCUGGCAUGCCAACGAGGACCCUUAUCCAACGUGCCCUACAUGCUGACGUCUUCUUUCUCAAGCUUAAUAUACUAG